AUGUCGUCCAGCCUCGACCGCCAGAUCGAGCAGCUCAAGAACUGCCAACCCAUAUCCGAACAGCAGGUCAAGGAACUCUGUUUGAAGGCGCGCGAGAUCCUCGUCGAGGAGGCAAACAUCCAGUGGAUCGACUCGCCCGUCACCAUCUGCGGCGAUAUCCAUGGCCAGUUCUGGGAUCUGCUCGAGCUGUUCCGAGUAGGCGGGCAAUGUCCCGACACCAACUACCUCUUCCUCGGCGACUACGUCGACCGGGGCUUCUACUCCGUCGAGACCUUCCUCCUCCUCCUCGCGCUCAAAGUCCGCUAUCCCGACCGCAUGACCCUCAUCCGCGGCAACCACGAGUCACGACAAAUCACCCAGGUCUACGGUUUCUACGACGAGUGCAUGAAGAAGUACGGCAGCGCGAGCGUGUGGAGGUAUUGCUGCGAGGUGUUUGAUUACAUGAGUUUGGGUGCGGUGGUGGACGGACGGGUGUUCUGUGUGCAUGGAGGGCUGAGCCCGAACGUCAACAGUCUGGACCAGAUCCGACUGAUUGACCGGAAACAAGAAGUCCCUCACGACGGCGCGAUGUGCGACUUGCUCUGGUCAGAUCCGGACGACAUCGAAGGCUGGGGUCUCUCGCCCCGCGGCGCAGGCUACCUCUUCGGCGCCGACGUCGUCAAGCAGUUCGUCCACGCCAACAACCUCGACCUGAUCGCCCGAGCACACCAGCUUGUCAUGGAGGGCUACAAGCUGAUGUUCGAAGACAAGAUUGUGACGGUCUGGUCGGCACCGAACUAUUGUUAUCGGUGCGGUAAUACUGCGUCGGUGCUCGAGCUCGACGAGAAUCUCAACUCGACGUACAAGACGUUCGACGCGGCAGCUCAGCUGAUAUACUGGGGCUCUAUCCAGCAGCAAGACGCCCGCAAUAUCCCCGUCAAGAGCACGUCGCUGCAGUACUUCCUAUGA